CGCGGACGUGAGAGGCCCUGGAUGGAUAGCCUGGACCCUGAAACCCUCUAUGUGUCUCCAGAGCAGACUGGACAGCCCACGCUCCCCCUCCCCACAUCAGAGGUCUCGAACUUGGCACUAGGGGGUGGUAAGAAGAUGAAUGGGUCUCUGGACCACCCCGACCAACCAGAUGUUGAUGCCAUUAAGAUGUUUGUGGGACAGAUUCCGCGGUCCUGGUCCGAGGAGCAGCUUCGUGAACUUUUUGAGCCGUAUGGAGCAGUUUAUGAGAUAAAUGUUCUCCGAGACCGAAGCCAGAAUCCCCCACAGAGCAAAGGCUGCUGUUUUAUAACAUACUAUACUCGCAAAUCAGCCCUGGAAGCACAGAAUGCUCUGCACAACAUGAAGAUUCUGCCAGGGAUGCACCACCCGAUCCAGAUGAAACCAGCUGACAGUGAGAAAAACAAUGCAGUGGAGGACAGGAAGCUGUUCAUCGGGAUGAUCUCCAAGAAAUGUAACGAGAACGACAUCCGACUCAUGUUCUCACCGUACGGACAGAUAGAGGAGUGCCGGAUACUAAGAGGACCUGACGGACUCAGCCGGGGUUGCGCAUUUGUGACAUUCACAGCGAGACAAAUGGCGCAGUCAGCCAUUAAGUCCAUGCACCAGUCCCAGACCAUGGAGGGCUGCUCGUCCCCCAUCGUGGUGAAGUUCGCAGACACUCAGAAGGACAAGGAGCAGAAGCGCAUGGCCCAACAGCUGCAGCAGCAGAUGCAGCAGCUCAGCGCUGCUUCCAUGUGGGGGAACCUCACCGGGCUCAACAGCCUGGGCCCUCAGUACCUCGCACUUUACUUACAGUUGCUGCAGCAGUCGGCCUCCACGGGGAACGCACUCAACAACCUGCACCCUGUUUCAGGUCUUAAUGCCAUGCAGAAUCUGGCUGCUUUAGCGGCAGCAGCAACCGCCACACAGGCCACGCCCACAGGCUCCAGCGCCAUGACAACAUCUAGUAGCCCACUCAGUGCACUAACAAGCUCAGGCUCCUCUCCGACCUCCAGCAGUAACUCAUCAGUGAACCCCAUGGCGUCUCUGGGGGCCCUGCAGUCUCUGGCUGCUGGGGCCGGAGCCGGACUCAACAUGGGCUCCCUGGCAGGCAUGGCGGCCCUGAACGGCAGCCUCGGCUCCAGCGGUCUGUCUAACGGCUCAGGAAACACCAUGGAAGCGCUGAGCCAGGCCUACUCGGGCAUCCAGCAGUACGCUGCUGCCGCCCUCCCCAGCCUGUACAACCAGAGCCUGCUGUCCCAGCAGAGCGUCUCAGCUGCGGGCAGCCAAAAGGAAGGUCCCGAAGGUGCCAACUUGUUCAUCUAUCACCUGCCCCAGGAGUUUGGAGACCAGGACCUGCUCCAGAUGUUCAUGCCCUUUGGAAAUGUCAUCUCUGCUAAAGUCUUCAUUGACAAACAGACAAACCUCAGCAAGUGUUUUGGCUUUGUGAGCUACGACAACCCCGUGUCGUCACAGGCCGCCAUCCAGUCGAUGAAUGGUUUCCAGAUCGGCAUGAAGCGGCUGAAGGUGCAGCUGAAGCGCUCAAAGAACGACAGCAAGCCUUACUGAAGGUGCCGCGGCACUGCAGACUUAGUUAGGCAGGGCGGUGUCAUGAUCUCUUCCUGUUUGCCCUAGCAUGUUGAUGUGGCGUCACAGUUCAUCGUCCAGUCCUUGUCCUCUGCGCUUCUCUGAUGCUUCCAAUUUUUCUCCAUUGACCCCCAUUGAUUAUUACCAGGAGGUUUUUGUUUCCCACGUGUCCUCUUGUGCUGCCAGCAGGGGCGCUAGAAAGACUGCCCCCCCCCCCCCAACCCCCGAACACGCUUAGAAAACAUCCAUUCAGAUUAUUACGAACAAAAAAAAGAGAUAUAUUUUUCUAGAACGUACUCAUCACUAGAGAUUUUUGCAAAAAUUCAGUUUGACACGAGUUUGUUUUUGUCUCCCGUGUUGCGGAGCAGUCCUCCCAGUGCCCCCUCCCUCUGGUUUGUUGUGUUUUUCGUGUGAAAGCAGCUAAUCGGUGUUUUGUGUGUGUGUGUGUGUGUGUGUGUGUGUGUGUGUGUGUGUGUGUGUGUGUGUCCUAAGUUAGAAAAACUUUUCAAACAGGUUGGUGUUGUUAGAUAUUAGAGGGUUCAUUUUAGGCUAGCUACGAUUCAUCCGUGGAGUUCCUUUUUUGAGUGAUGUCGUGAGAAAGUAACAAAUCGUUCUCACUCUCAAGUCGUCAGAUAGCGACGUUUUGUCGAGCUCCGUCGAGUCUUACGGCGAUGCACGGGGCAGCCGUUAGCGUCUCUGUGCGACACGCAGCUAAAACACAUGAACAUGAACAUGUGACGAAGGCAAUGAGCAACAAAAACAAAAAAUACCCCCCAAAAAUGUGUGUAAAUAAGUACAAAAAUUAUAACAAUAAUUACCAUAAAAUUAGUAGAAAUAAAUCGACAAAUAUUUAAGUAAAUAAGUAAAUUUAAGAAAAGGA